UUGCUUGAUUCGCAGUGUGACCCCUUAUUUAGCGAUAACUCUAAUACCACAUCUGCAGUCUUCAUCGCUCCAUUGUCAUCGACAAUGGCCUUCUUUUCGAAGCCAUGUCAAGGUGGCCGCACAUCCGCUCGCUGGAAUUAGUGGACUGGCAGAUAACACCCAUUACAUUCCGCGGGCUAUUUGCAGCGCUCCGUCAAUGUCCCCAUUUGUGUUGGCUGCAGAUAUCAAUGGACGCCGUGAAUAUCGAUAUCAAUCCGGACACUGAGCCAUUUCAGCAUACCACCCUGCAACAAUUGAUUCUGACGCGAUCUGAUUUAGUGGAUGGUGAAGCUGUUGCUCGCAUCAUCUUCUCCAUGCUCCCUUACGUCGAUAGAGUUCUAUACUCGUGGCACGAGGAGUACCAUCAGAGAUCUGAGUUGGAUACUCAUGUUCGGGCAAUUAUCUGGAUUUCUUCUUCGACCAACAAGGACCAAUCCCAUUUUUAUCUGGGGCCUUCCAGCAAAUCCCUCGUGAUUCUAAACCUGCACACGAUUCUCCACUUUCAGCCCUUUAAUAUUAUGGCGACGGAAGGGCUCUCUAUGACUGUAAUUACGAGCACUACAGUCAGGCAUCUGAUCAGUCUCCGUCAUAGCUCAUCGACCAGCCUGAACGUGGCGCUCUGGUGCGGGAACCCGAGUGUGGCACUAAAACCAGCACUGAAUUCCGUAAAUCUGGAAUUUCUGCGAAGGGUCCUCGGGUUCUUGCAAUCUCCCAAACCGCAAAGAAUUCUGAAUCAGCUGAUCAUGAGCAUUGAAACCCUCGGACAAACCGUUGUCUUAUAUGUGAGUGAUUCCAUCAUUGUGUACUUCCAGCUUCCUGGCCACCAACAGAAUUCCGAGUCGAACGAAGCCAAACACGAUGGACGAGUCUCUUAUAUUCAACAAUAAGAUCUACUACGAUGGGAUCGUCCCUUAAACUAUGCGAGCUACUUAAAGGCGAGUCCCUCGAGACACUGACCGACCAUUCCUCCUCCCUCCUCUCAUCCAACUUCGCUCUGAACG